AUGACGACGGUCUCUGGCCAAGGAUUUGGAGAAGGAGGAUUCGAAGGCUUCGGGGGAGCCUCUGAUAGACUAGGAGCCUUUGCAGAUGUGGCUAGGGGAUUUGCAAGUGUAGCUGGAGGACUUGCGGAUGGCGUUGCAGUAGCACUUUCAAAUGUGGCACAAGGUGCUCUCACCAGUUUUGCCAAUUUCGUGCCCAAGGUGCCAGUGCUGGCCAACAUCCAGAACUUUGACGAUUUUCUGAAUCAAACAGGACAGGCGCUCAGCGAAGCAGAUCGGACCUUUCGCGAGAGUCUUUUCCUCGCCUCCAAGAAUCUUGUGGAUGCUGGUAACGAAGCCUUUGCCAAAGGAGCCUUCACCUUCCAGUUGGCUAUCAACGCCUUUGCUGAUCUGAGCCACGAGGAGUUCGUUAAACAAUUGACCGGUCGGAAGAGGUCACCUGAGACAGAUGCACGGACUGCUAGCAGGCGCACAUUGGCCAUUGUUCCUGAGGAUAAACACAUUCCCGAUGCCUUCGAUUGGCGGGAGAAGGGCGGUGUCACCCCGGUGAAGAACCAGGGAACCUGUGGAUCCUGCUGGGCCUUUGCCACCACCGGAGCCAUCGAGGGUCACACCUUUGCCGCCACGGGUAAACUGCCUAAUCUCUCCGAGCAGAACCUAAUUGACUGCGGUCCGAAGGAGGACUUUUCCCUGAAUGGAUGCAUCGGUGGUUUCCAGGAGGCUGCCCUUUGCUGGAUUUCUGAGAAUCAAAAGGGUGUUCCACCCACCGAAAAUUAUCCAUAUGUGAACAGCCAGGAAUCCUGCAAGUUUCAAGGUAAUCAGUUGAUCUCCCAAGUGCAUGGAUUCAGUGUGAUUCCCCCCGGGGACGAGGAGCUAAUGAAAAAGGUGGUGGCCACUUUGGGUCCCAUUGCCUGCUCGGUUAGUGUCUCCGAGAGCCUCCUCUUCUACGGAAAAGGCAUUUACAACGACGAGUCCUGCAACAAUUACGAUCUAAUCCACUCCGUCUUAGUUGUGGGCUAUGGAUCGGAGAACGGAAUGGAUUACUGGAUCGUCAAGAACUCGUGGAACGUCAAUUGGGGCGAAAAGGGAUACUUUCGCUUGCAGCGCGGCAAAAACCUUUGUCAAAUCGCAGAAGAGUGCUCCUAUCCAUUAGUUACCCAAUCCUAA